UAUCCUUGUCCAAUCCUCUUGUAACUUCAUUUCUUCAUUUCUUCAUUUCUCUUUCCUCCUCACCUACCAUGUCUUCUGUGCUUUGCUCACAAGGGGUGGUUCUCGCCACUGCCAUGGCCGUCUCCGGCACCGUAAUUCUCCUUGCUCUGUGCCGUCCAAAGGCCUUUACGCCUCCCCAGCAGCUUCCAAGAUCUUGUAUCUCUUCCGAUGGGAAGAAGAAGGAGAACGAGAACGAGAACGAGAAGGAGAAGGAGAAGGAGAAGAAGAAGAAGAAGAAAAGGGUGCACUUCGCAGAGGACGUGGUGGAUCCAAGUGGGGACAGUGAGGAGUUCAGACGGCAACACAGUGGAAUUCUUCAUUUUCCGUCAGGAAAAGUAGUGAUAAAGUCAAAGGAAUGCCAGCAAAUCGGGUGGCUCUCUACAAAGGAAUCCUCAAAGAGCGUGUGGUUCAUCGCAUGGCUUAUUCCUAUUGACUCAAUUUCUCUGUACAAUCUUGAGUCGCUCUCUUUCUCAUUCUCCUCUGUACAAAUUCUUCCUAAUUUCCCUCUCUUUUCUCAUUUCUGUGGCUUCCAAACGUUGUAAACCUUAAACUUGUAUUGAUCCCCUCCCCCCAACCACACGCUUCAGUGGCGCGUGUUAGGCUAAUUGGAUAAUUUGAAUUAGUGUACAUUUUCAAGGAUAUCCUUCUUGCAUAUUUGUUCC